AUGGAAGCCACGCAAGAGUCGACUCAGCCAUGUGCUGACCCUCGCCGAAUGGGAUUGAACAACUCAGGCCUCCACGAACAGGAUCUUGCAGACAUCAUUUGUAUUCUGCACCCGAACUCUCAUGCCGCGCAUGAUGCAGUGGCCGCAACUGCAAUACAUGGAAGUCAACACAUUCUCCAGAGAGAUGUCUUGGAUUAUGAGACAUCGGAAACGGCGGCUCUGGAUGUGGCGCUGAGACUGUCCUCGAACGUCCAUGACCUCGGCUCGGGAUUCUGUUUCGGAAGAAAUAAAGCUCGCUGUGAUAUCUUGCUAGCGGGCGAUGAUGAAGCUAAACGGGUUUCUAAUAAUCAUUUCCGCAUCUACCUGACCGGAGAUGGUAUCAUCAUGCUUCAAGACACAUCAACCAACGGUACCAUCGUGGACAACUGCCGCCUUCGCAAAACUCAGAAGGAGAACAGCCGCAUGCUUACGAACGGCUCGGUCAUCCAAGUUGUCACUGGGAAUCAAGGCUCAGACGAGGUGCGGUUCGUUGUGCGAAUGCCCUCGCGCGAAGGCUUCGCAAUGCAGUACACGCAAAAUGUGCUUCAUUACUUCGAGCGUAUCCAACGUGCAGUUACCGGCGCUGCACAAAACAAGACUCAACAAUCCUCGAACCAGCCCGUCUUGUCUUGGUCGGUCGCAAACACAUAUGGCAUGCAUUGGACGGGUGGUUCAGUGUACAAUGUGACGGGACAGAUUGGAAAGGGCGCUUUUGCCACAGUCUACAAACUUGCAACCAAGCAACAUGGUGCAAUCUAUGCUGCGAAGGAGCUUGACAAGCGUCGUUUCAUGAAGAACGGUAUUUUGGACCAGAAAGUCGACAACGAGAUGAAGAUCAUGCGAGAUCUCAAACAUCCCAACAUCGUUCAAUACAUCGACCAUCAUGAACAUGACCGAUGGAUCUACAUCAUUAUGGAAUACGUCCCUGGUGGCGAAUUGUCCACAUAUCUGUCAACUCAUGGGAAAAUUCGCGAGAGCAUGGUGAGGACGAUCGCGCGGCAGAUUUUGCGGGCAUUGCAUUAUCUUCAUAAGCGUCGUAUCACUCACCGUGAUAUAAAACCGGACAACAUUCUGAUUUCCUCUCUGGAUCCCCUUCGAGUCAAGCUGUCCGAUUUCGGUUUGUCCAAGGUCACGCAGGAAGAGACGUUCCUCAAAACCUUCUGCGGCACCUUGCUGUACUGCGCGCCCGAGGUUUACCCUGACUAUGAGACAUACCGACGAGGAGAUGCUCGCAAGAGACGGCGUGUCGGAGACCCACCCCCCAAAACAUCUCCUUACAGCCAAUCUGUUGAUAUGUGGUCACUGGGUGCAGUCUUGUAUCAUAUCUUGUGCGGGGUGCCGCCCUACACUGGUCGCGCCGAAGAUCGCGGCCAGCAAAUGCUUCGAUGUAUCAUGGAGUCUGAGGCCGAUUACGACAUCUUGCGGAGAGAGGGCGUUUCGGAAUCCGGAAUCGAUUUUGUUUCUAAGCUACUCCACCGCGAUCCAUAUGCUAGACCCUCGGAGAGAGAAUGCUUCCAGCAUCCGUGGAUCUCUGAGGUGUCGGAUGUGGAUGAGUACGAGGAUGAUGACAUUCUGGCUGAAGUUCGCGAAGGUCUCUCGGUCAUUGGCGAGGAUGAGGAGCUGGAUGCGUCGCAACUGUCUAUCACGGAUGACCGGACGUACACUCACAACGCCGAUGGUGAUGAGUCAAGCAGCAGCGAAGCGCUGGCAAAAAGGCCUCGCAUCGAGUCAAUCCCCGCCGACAUACGCUACCCCUCGCUGCCCAACAUCGAAAGCUUCCAGGACGGUCAAGUCGUUGCAGAAAACCAUGCAAGACGUCUCUUUGGUGAAGUCACCUCGUCAGCACUGCGCAGUUCCUACGCACUCGGUCAGCCCGGCCAGUCUUGGGCCGGAGAUCACCUUGAGGUCGAGGGCUUUGCUUCAUCUGGUGAGUCGGUGAGCGAUGAACACAGCGUCUACUCGAUCAUUUCUCUCCCGGAACACCCCUUUGGCGGCACUGCCCCCAGCCUGAUGGGCGCGGAGAACCUCGUUGGACGACUGAACAUGAAUUCCUCGCAUCCUUUCCUCCCUCCCCCGGCGGGCCCCGUUACUGAAACAUCGACGCGGCAGACCACCCCUGGCGAGCCCAAGGAACCCACGAAUCCACUGGCAAGUAGCACACCGCGCGAAGGACAUGCGCCCGCCAGUUCCGAUAAUGCUGAUACCACUCCCAAACCCCCGAAGCCGUCUCGUCGCCUCGACCUGGAUCUCCCCGAGACAGCAAGUGAGUGUUCAAGCAGCAAUAGUGCACCCUCCAGCCGGCCUGAGUCUACGCGACAAACGGGACAACCUGCCGGUGCAUUCUACAACGCUGAGUUCGCAACCACGCUCGAUGCCCAAACUGGCCAGGCGAUCUUGGAUGCGCAGCUUGAUGAACAACUGCGUGCGGCUCAAGAGCCGUCCGAGCCCAUCGUCCACCGACCUGAUACGCCUAGCAGCGAGUUUACCAAACCGCCCAAGAUCCUCGGUAGGAUCAAGAGUCUUCCCGGCUCCAUCUUCGACCUGAACAUCCGUCUUGAGAACCGCCUCACAUCGUGGGGCCGUGGACCUAAUGCGACAGUCCGUCACGAGGACCGGAUGGACGUGCGUAUUCCUGCAUACGCCCUGGAGCUCACCUUCUGGGCGCCUAAAAUCGAAUGCAUGAUUGCCGAGGGUCAGGACUGGAUGCAAGUCCCCGGCGUUAUGGCCGUUCUAUCCACCAAAACUCGCAAAUGCAUCUGGGUGAAUGGCGUCGAACUACGCAAAAGCGGCCCAGAUGGCUUGCAGUUCGGCAAGUUGUACACGGGCGAUGUGAUCACGAUCUACAAGCAUAAUGGACAAUUCCUUGAUCUGCGCUGCGAGUUCUAUCAUGGUGAAAGUGUCCGGACUCGUCCGACCGAUGAGCCCGGGUUUGUGGUGCGACAAGCCCUAGUGGGCAAGUCGGACGGGGCGACGAACCGGAUGCCAGUUCGGCAGGCCCAGUCGAAGGAGGGCGAAUAA